CCUCUCGCCUACGGCAGCCGCCGCCGCCAGCUAUGGUGGCCCGCUCGUCUGCUCAGCACGGAGGCAGCGGCGGGGGCCGCUGGCCGCGGCCGGCCGCCUGGCUCUGGCUGGCGGCGGCGCUGGGCUCUGUGUGCCCGCCGCGGGGCUCGCUGGUGCAGGGCCGGCGGCUGAUCUGCUGGCAGGCGGUGCUGCAGUGUCAGGGGGAGCCCGAGUGCAGCUACGCUUACAACCAGUACGCCGAGGCGUGCGCCCCAGUGCUUCUGCAGCAGCCGCCGGCGGGCGGCGGGGCCGGGCCGGCGGGCGCUGCAGGCGCCUCGGCCUCCUCCAGGCGGCGGUGCCCCAGCCAUUGUAUCGCGGCCCUCAUCCAGCUCAAUCACACCCGGCGCGGCCCGGCGCUGGAGGACUGCGACUGCGCGCAGGACGAGAACUGCCGCGCCACCAAGCGCGCCAUCGAGCCGUGCCUGCCCCGCACCAGCAGCCCUUCUGCCGGUGGCCCCGGUCCCGGCCCCGGCGUCAUGGGCUGCACAGAGGCGCGGCGGCGCUGUGACUGGGACAGCCGCUGCAGCCUGGCUCUCAACCGCUACAUGACCUACUGCGGGAAGCUGUUCAAUGGGCUGCGCUGCACGCCCGAGUGCCGUGCCGUUAUCGAGGACAUGCUGGCCGUGCCUAAAGCCGUGCUGCUCAACGACUGCGUCUGCGACGGGCUGGAGCGGCCCAUCUGUGAGUCGGUCAAGGAGAACAUGGCCCGCCUCUGCUUCGGCGCGGACAUGGGCGGCAACGGCGCCGGCAGCAGCGGCGGCUCGGACGGGGGCCUGGAGGAGUACUACGACGAGGACUACGAGGAGGAGCCGAGCCAGAAGGGGAGGGACGACACGGAGGACAAUGCGGGCUCUGAGCCCGGUUUCCCCGUGCAGGCGGAUAGCGCCGGCCGGCCUGCGGCAGUGGUCUGGCUACUGCUGGCCUCCAUCUUGAUGCCGCUGCUGCCGCGGCUCUAGCGGCUCUCCCUGCCUCCCUCCGGCGCCGGGCCGCGCUGGCCGCCUCGCCGCGGCAGGGGGACAGCCGGCGGGGUCCUCCGGGCCGCUCAGUUUAAAGGCUCUAACCGUUAAUCUGCCGACCGUUAGGCCGGGCCCUCCCCUCUCUGCACACACACUGUCCUCUGGCCCCCCGCGUCGCUCCGAAAGCGGAGGCUCCCCCUCUGCCGCCGUGCCUGCCCGAAACGCUCGCCCGCACUCUCCCACCGCCCCGGCUGCCCCAGCAGUGGGAGGUGCCGCGGCCUUGCGAGCUGGCAGCCGGGGCGAUGUGGAGCGGGAGGUGACGGGCUGCUGUUGUUUCGGGUGUUGGUCUGGAGUGUGCACUAUGCAAUUGCUGCCACUUUGCCUUCAAGUUAGCAGCGAGCGGAGCGGGCUGUCGGGGAGUCUGCUAGCGAGGCUUCUGCCGGCUCCCCGCUGCCGCCAGCCGGAGCAGCCACCAGUAACGGCAUGGUGGUGGUGGUUUUCUGUAAGCGUUUUGACAUGAAGGUUAGAAGUGAGCUACCCAAACUUGCUGCCAAAGCUGUUGCCGUACUGGUCAGUCAACAACUUGACUAUAAUUUGCCAGGGCUCGCUCUUGGUGAUGCUGUGGUGCCCGAAAGGGGCUUUAACGCGGCAUCUGCCAAUUUUUACAGGAAAUAGCAGACUGAAUAAAUUCUGUGGUUUACAGCACUCCCUCUUGCACACAUAUCUGCCCUAUAACAAAAAGCGUGCCAGCAGCCGUCUCUUCCUCUUUAACCUAAAAAAAAAAAAAGUUUUAUUUCAGAGCUGUUGGCUAUACUGAACAAUGCAACUUUUGUUUUAAAAGAGCUCUGCACUGCCAUCUUUGAAAGACACUUUUAAACUCGAGAACAUGUAUGUACAAAUAUCCUGAAAAGUUAUAUUGCCUCUCAUCAUAUCAGGGUGCUGACCGCUGGUAAAUCUUAUAUAAGAAAUGUAUUUAAAACUGGGAUUUGUUACCAGUUGCUCUUCUUAGUAUGUACAAUUUUAUAAAUUGUAUGCUUUUGGGGAUAAUUUAUUUAAGAAAAAUAAUAAAAGUUUUAAAUUCACAUCGUAUUUACCAGAUAAUUGCAUUUGCUAUUCUUUUCUGGAAAGGUACAGAUUUCAUUUUAUGUUUAAAGGGAUACCAGCUUUUGUGAUUCAGUGAAGUAUUCUCUAGAACAUCAAGUGUACAGUGUAUUUUACAGAUUGGAAUUUAACUUUCUUAUUUGGAGAGACUUUAUGAACGUUGUAGAAUUGUGUAAGCGCAUUUCUGAGCUGCCUUAAACCUUGUAUUUUUUAUAGGAGGCAUAAAAAAGGCCUGUGUUUUAAAUAUGUACGGCUUUUUGUAUUUUCUAAAUGUGUAAAUUAGUAAAGAAAGAGCUUUAAAUAA